CAGCAAACUGUUGUUGCUACAUUCACUCGUCUGUUACUGUAUUUGUGUGCAUACGCGAAAGGCAACUCUGCUUUUACACAACACACAUCGUCAAAAUGGCCGAAGUCGAAGCUGUGCAAAUAAUUGCGGAAUCUUUGAAGCAACAGGGGGUGGAAUAUGUGUUCGGCAUCAUUGGAAUUCCAGUUAUUGAGCUGUCGAUGGCCUUCCAGGCGGCUGGCUUGAAGUACAUUGGCAUGCGCAAUGAGCAGGCCGCCUGUUAUGCAGCUCAAGCCAUUGGCUAUCUGACGGGGAAGCCGGGCGUCUGCCUGGUUGUCUCUGGACCUGGUCUGCUGCACGUGACGGGCGGCAUGGCCAAUGCUCAAGUCAAUUGCUGGCCGUUGAUUGUGAUUGGAGGUGCCACGAAUCAGGAUCACGAGGGUAUUGGCGGCUUCCAGGAGUGCCCUCAAGUGGAACUGUCGCGUCCCUAUUGUAAAUACGCAGCACGUCCUGCCAACGCUGCAUUGAUUCCGCUGCACGUUGAGAAGGCUGUGCGCUAUGCCACCUAUGGUCGUCCAGGUGUGGCCUAUUUGGAUUUCCCCGGCAAUAUACUGCAAUCGAAGGCGAUUGAAUCGACGAUUUACAAAUCUGUUGCACAUCCCGUCGCGCCACUCGCCUAUCCACCACAUGAUGAUGUCAUACGCGCCGCGAGGCUGCUGCGUACGGCGAAGCGUCCGCUGGUGAUCAUUGGCAAGGGCGCCGCCUAUGCUCAUGCCGAGAACACUUUGCGUCAUUUCAUUGAGAACACAAAUCUACCGUUCCUGCCCACGCCCAUGGGUAAGGGGGUGGUCUCUGACACGGCUGCUCAGUGCGUCGCCUCGGCUCGCACCCUGGCGCUCCAGAAAGCGGAUGUGAUAUUACUGCUGGGCGCUCGGCUCAAUUGGAUUUUGCACUUUGGGCGCCCGCCCCGCUACGACAAGGAUGUGAAAUUUAUACAGGUAGACAUUUGCUCCGAGGAGCUGAACAACUCAGUGGUUGCAUCGGUGGCCAUCCAGUCGGACAUUCGCCCCUUUGCCGAGCAGCUGUUCGAGCAAAUGAACGCGGUUAACUUCCGCUUUGGCUACGAGCAGGACUGGUGGAAGCAGCUGGUGGCCAAGUGCAAACAGAAUCGCGAUACAGUUGCGCAGAUGUCGCUGAAUACAACGACGCCACUGAACUACUAUUCGGUCUUCCAUCAUCUGCGCGAGCUGCUGCCACGUGAUACAAUUAUUGUUAGUGAGGGCGCCAAUACGAUGGAUAUUGGUCGUUCGAUGUUGCUCAACGAGCAGCCGCGUCAUCGCCUCGAUGCUGGCACCUUUGGCACUAUGGGAGUCGGGCCCGGCUUUGCGGUCGCCGCCGCUCUCUAUUGCCGCGACUUUGCGCCGGGCAAGCGUGUCCUCUGCGUGGAGGGCGACAGUGCCUUUGGCUUCUCGGGCAUGGAAAUCGAGACAAUGGUGCGCUACAAGCUGCCCAUUACCAUUGUGAUUGUGAACAACAAUGGCAUUUACGGCGGGUUCGACAAGGACACAUUUGAGGCAAUACGCAGUGAGGGCGACUUGGCGAAAAUCACACCGCCAUCCGCGCUGGGCGUGCAGGUGCGCUACGAGGAGAUGAUGAAAAUGUUUGGCAUGAAGGGCUAUUUCUGCACUGAGAUCGAAGAGUUGCAGGCGGCCGUAAAGGCGGCCAAUCAGCUGACGGAUAGGCCUACCAUCAUAAAUGUGGCUAUCAGUCCCUCCUCUGAUCGCAAGCCACAAUCGUUCAACUGGCUCACAGAGUCCAAACUAUAAAACAACGCACAUUGAUUAAGCCGUACAUAUGUGUGUUGUUGUUUAUGGUUUUUAUAAGCAGCAACGUUUACAACUUAGUUUAUAAGCAUAAAGUUCCGCGCAUUCCUUCAAAUUCUUAUUUUCAAAUAUGCAUUUGUCACCAUAUUUUCUUUGUAUAUACACAACAUGCAACAAUUUUUAUAAAACCAACGAUUGUAGAAUUUCAAACGCAA